GAAAGCGAGUUAACCGUUCAGCACGGUGUCUGGAAAGUUCUCUGCCCUUCCUCUUCCAGAAAGCGAUUCAAAUAGCGUGCAGCUGACAAAGCACGCUUCAGACAACGCAAGGAUAGUCUGCAGACUGAAUGUACUGACCGCUCUCAAGUUGCACAGAUCCACACCGUACUACCAGUUUGGUUGCAUUUUUAGGUCGGCAAGCAUAUAACAACAACGAGGGAUUUGACUGAUCCAGAAUUUAUUCCCCCCCCCCAGUUUUGCACUCACUGUCUUCAGGGAUUUCAAACAGCACAAUGACAGCAGAAGAGAUGAAAAGCGAAGAGGGUCAGCAGAAAAUCGCAAUGGAAGGAGAAGACCUCACUCCGAAGAAAGAUCGGGGAGUGUUAAAGGUGAUUAAGAAGGAGGGGACUGGAAAUGAGACCCCCAUGAUUGGGGACAAGGUCAGUGUCCACUACGUGGGGACACUGCUGGACGGCACCAAGUUUGACUCCAGCCGGGACAGGGGCGAGCAGUUCACCUUUGAGCUCGGGAAAGAGCAGGUGAUCAAAGCCUGGGACCUUGGUGUGGCUACCAUGAAGAUUGGGGAAGUUUGCCAGCUUAUCUGCAGUCCGGAAUACGCCUACGGGGUAGCCGGCAGCCCACCCAAAAUCCCACCCAAUUCCACGCUGGUCUUUGAGGUGGAGCUGUUUCAGUUCAAGGGGGAGGACCUCUCUGACAAGGAGGACGGAGGAAUCAUUCGCAGGAUCCUCACAAAGGGGGAGGGGUACACCAAACCCAACGAGGGCGCCACUGUGGAGGUGUCUCUGGAAGGCGAGUGGCAGGGGAAGGUGUUUGACCGCAGGGAGCUGACAUUUGAGGUGGGAGAUGGGGUGGACUUAGGGAUCCCAAACGGCAUAGAGAAGGCUCUUCAGUCCAUGGAGAAAGGAGAGGAGUCCAUCAUCAAACUCUUGCCCAGCUAUGGGUUUGGCAGUAUGGGGAGCUCCCAAUUCAACAUUCCUCCGGACGCAGAGCUCUCUUACAAAGUCAAGCUUAUAAAUUUUGAGAAGACCAAAGAGUCGUGGGAAAUGAAUACAGAGGAGAAGCUCGAGCAAGGACCCAUUGUCAAGGAAAAGGGAACCCAGUACUUUAAAGAAGGGAAGUACCAGCAGGCAGCGCAGCAGUACAAAAAGAUCAUCUCCUGGCUGGAACACGAGUCCGGGCUGUCGGAGCAGGACGAGCAGAAAACCCGGGCCCUGCAGCUCGCUGCUCACCUCAACCUGGCCGCCUGCUUUAUCAAGAUCCAGGACCACGUGCAGGCCCUGGAGAACUGCAACAAGGCUCUGGAGCUGGACGACAGCAACGAGAAGGCUCUGUUCCGUCGCAGUGAGGCGCUGUUUGCUCUGAAGGAGUUCAAGGAGGCGCGCGAUGGCUUCCAGAAGGUGUUGCAGCUCUACCCUGACAACAAGGCAGCCAAGGUGCAGGUUACAGCCUGCCAGCGGCUCCUGAGAGAGCAGCACGAGAAGGACAAGCGGCUCUACGCAAACAUGUUCUCCAAGUUCGCAGAGCAUGACGCCAAGAAAGUAGCUACAGAGAAAGGGAAGGAUGAGAAGAAGCCAGAGGAGGGCAGCAUGGAGCUGGAACAGAACCCCUAAACCAAGCGCCGCUUCCUCCUCUUCUGUUUAUUCGUUUUUUUUUUAGUUUUUUUUUAAUUUGUAUUAUUUGUUUGCUUUAACUUAAUGGGGAUUGAUUGUAUGCCAUGUUUCAAUAGGAGGGCUGGAUGCUGGAUUUGCCAUCACCCCCCCCCCAACUCCACGAUCAUUCUCACCAGCUGCAGUUGUAUUUAUUAUACCGGUAUUAACCCUCGAUCAUCUCCACCCCCCCCCCCCAAAUCUGCUUGUACUUGUAUGUGGAGGAGUGUCUGUACUCUAGUCUCUGUUUGUUAUAGGACCUGUGACACAAAGGGCAGAGCUGUUAGAGAGGCUCUGCCUGGGCUUGGAGCUUCGGCUUGCCUCUUGAACACUGUGUUGAUUUGCACUCAAACUCACGGGGGGAAGGGAAUCACUGGUGCGGAACACAGGCUGUUCAAGAGCCCAGCGAAAGCACACACUUGCAAAUGUUUUUUUUAUUUUAUUUUGUUUACACUGGAAAUUGAGCCAUCUUCUUUGUAGUUAAUACAACCUCUUCCGACCACAGUACUGAUGGUGACAUUCAAUGUAGAAUUUUUUUUCAUUUGUAAAUCUGUAUUCAAAAUCAUUGUUCUCUUUUUUUUUUUUAAAGAAAAAAAUAGCUUGAUUUGUAAGUGGGAACUGUUUGCUCAUUGGACAACCCUGUCUCAAUGUGAAGGCUGCAGGCUGCAGGCUGAAAUAAAGAUGUGUGUGUGUGUGUGUGUGUGUGUGUGUGUGUGUGUGUGUGUGUGUGUGCUGCUCAUUAUAGAUUUACUGUAUUCUUUAUAAUAUACCCCAGAACAAACUAUUAUAAUUCAAGUCCCUAUUAGCAGCAACUGCUCUUGUAACAUCGCUGAGAGUGGAGAUCCCUCAUUCCAUGUCAAGGACAAAGCAUUGUAAAUGUUUAAACGCAUUAAUAAGCUUUUUGUCUGUUUAAAAUUUAAUGAUUUUUGUCUGUUCAGUGGCUAAGUAACUACUAUGUAAAUACAUCGUAAUUAGAGACACGACAUGUAAAGUGGUACCUUAUAAACGUACAGCAUGGUGAUUACAAGAGAUCCAACACCA